AUGUCGGGAAAAAUGACGUUGUACAAAUUGGUGGUGUUGGGAGAUGGUGGUGUCGGGAAGACCGCGCUGACGAUCCAGCUUUGUUUGAAUCAUUUCGUCGAAACGUACGAUCCGACUAUUGAAGACUCGUACCGGAAACAAGUCGUGAUCGAUCAGCAGUCCUGCAUGUUGGAAGUGCUGGACACCGCAGGCCAGGAGGAAUACACGGCCUUGCGAGAUCAGUGGAUUCGCGACGGCGAAGGUUUCGUGCUUGUCUACAGUAUCACAUCGCGCGCUUCUUUCUCUCGCAUACAAAAGUUCUACAACCAGAUCAAGAUGGUCAAGGAGUCAGCCCACUCCGGGUCGCCAUCGGGAGCCAGCUAUCUGGGAUCGCCUAUGAACGCGCCUUCGGGUCCGCCCCUCCCCGUACCCGUGAUGCUAGUCGGCAACAAGAGCGACAAAGCAGUGGAGCGAGCGGUCUCGGCGCAGGAAGGACAGGCCCUGGCGAAGGACUUGGGCUGCGAAUUCGUCGAGGCGUCCGCCAAAAACUGCAUCAACGUUGAGAAGGCCUUUUACGAUGUCGUUCGCAUGCUCCGACAGCAACGGCAACAGCAGCAGGGAGGACGAGCCCAGGAUCGUCGACCGACCGGCUUGGGUCCUAUGCGCGAUCGGGACGCCGGUCCUGAAUAUCCCAAAACUUUCCGACCCGACCGUGCCAGACACCGAGGUGGCAUCAAGUGCGUCAUACUGUGA